AGCGCCCAUCUCCCCCUCCUCUAUUUUUCUAGUCUGGUGGUGGCGGACGGAGAGCAAGCUUCAAAAGCAAAGCAUAAAACCAGGCGCGACGGUUUAAAAGCUUCCCAGCCGCCGCCUCUGCAUGAGCUUUCUUUGCCGCCUGGAAAACGCCCCACUCGCCUGAAUCAAUGACUCAGACUCUGCUCGCCGCAGAGCGUGGCGGGGCUGAAGUUCCCGCCGGGCGGACCGUGGUGGUCGGGGUGAAGUUGGACUCCCGGAGCAGAGAGUUGCUCACUUGGGCUCUCGUUAAGGUCGCGCAGCCCGGUGAUAGCGUCGUUGCGCUUCAUGUUCUCGGCGACAACGAAAUCGUGGAUCACGAAGGGAAGUCUUCUCUUCUCUCGCUGGUUAAGGCAUUUGACUCUAUUCUCGCCGUUUAUGAUGGUUUCUGUAACUUAAAACAGGUCGAUCUCAAGCUUAAGAUCUGCAGAGGUUCAUCCAUACGAAAAAUUCUAGUUCGUGAAGCCAAGUCUUAUUUUGCUACUCAUUUUAUAGUAGGAACUGCUAUAAAUCAUCAUACUAUCCGUUCAUCAGCCUCUGUCGCCAAGUACUGUGCAAAAAAGCUGCCAAAGGAUUGCUCAAUAAUUGCUGUUGAUAAUGGGAAAGUUGUGUUUGAGAGGGAAGCGCCUUCAAGGUCUAGCUAUCGUGCAAAAGGAAUCGAUGAUCAUGGCCGACCCCGGUUGUUUAGUGCCAUUCAGAGGUCUAGAAAUAAGAAUUCCAAAGUACCGGACAACCUCAACGUGAAUCAGAAUCGAACUUGUGAAAAUUUGGAGCAGAAAAGAAGUGAUCAGGGCAAUAAAAAUUUGGGAAUGGCCUUAAUAAAAACAGGGUCUAGUUGUGCAGAGAGUUUCUUGAAACACGAGUGUUCUAACUGUUCCAUAGAUUCUGUUUUUCUGGAAAAAUCUUGCAUCCCGUCAACCGAGGGGUCUACUGGCGACGAUGAUGUGGACAAUUCAAGGGCAAUAGUACCUGUAGAGAAGGCAGAGGCUGCUGCAGGCUCAAUUACGUUGUUGAUAAGAGAAUUGCCUGAACAAAGACCUGGUUGGCCGCUUCUUCGUCGAGCCACUUUAUCAGAUCACAAAGCUUCAGACCAGCAUUCAGCAAAGCAGAUCUCUGUGGUUAAAUGGGCAAUGCAAUUGCCCGGAAGACACUACUUGCUUGGUGCAGACUCAAAGCAAAGUACUUGCAAUGAAAAGGGAAAUCCAACUUCGGAACUAGAUGGGGAAAGUGGUGCAAUUGUUCCUAUUGGUACCGAGACUAUGUCCGCUUCAUCUUAUCCAAGCGGCAGUUCAAGAGGCCUACCUGAAGAAUUGGAGGGACUUCAUGAGAAGUACUCUGCAACUUGCAGAUUGUUCAAAUACCAGGAGCUUCUACAGGCGACAUCUAAUUUUAUGCCAGAGAACUUGGUUGGAAAAGGAGGUAGCAGUCAGGUUUACAGAGGUUGCCUUCCUGAUGGCAAGGAACUUGCUGUGAAAAUCCUGAAGCCGUCUGAAGAUAUAUUAAAAGAAUUCACAUUGGAAAUUGAGAUUCUUACUGCCUUGCAUCACAAGAACAUCAUCUCACUUUUUGGAUUCUGUUUUGAGGAUGGCCAUCUUCUCCUGGUUUAUGAUUUCCUAUUGAGGGGAAGCCUGGAAGAAAACCUUCAUGGUAAUAAGAAGGAUCCUCAUGUAUUUGGUUGGGGUGAGAGGUAUAAGGUGGCUAUUGGUGUAGCUGAGGCACUGGAAUAUCUACACAGCGAGAGUGCUAAACACGUGAUCCACAGGGAUGUGAAAUCAUCUAACAUACUACUGGCUGAUGAUUUUGAGCCCCAGCUGUCAGAUUUUGGACUAGCUAAGUGGGCAUCAACAGUCUCAUCUCAUAUUACAUGCACAGAUGUUGCAGGGACCUUCGGUUACUUGGCUCCAGAAUAUUUUAUGUAUGGUAAAGUUAAUGAGAAGAUCGAUGUAUACGCAUUUGGAGUUGUUCUUCUUGAGCUUCUUUCAGGAAGAAAGCCUAUAAGUAAUGACCAUCCAAAGGGCCAAGAGAGCCUGGUUAUGUGGGCCAAACCAAUUCUAAAUGGUAGAAAGGUUGCCCAACUAUUAGAUCCAAGCCUGGGCAGCAACUAUGAUGAGGACCAGAUGGAGGUGAUGGUUUUAGCUGCUACUCUCUGUAUCAAACAUGCACCACGAGCUCGACCUCAGAUGUGCAUUGUCUCAAAACUCCUGAAGGGCGAUCCCGAGGUAACUAAGUGGGCAAGGCUGCAGGUUAAUUCUUGUGACAUGCUGGAUGAUGAGGCCUUUCCAUGUCCAAAUAUCCAGUCCCAUCUCUACCUUGCAUUGCUGGACGUGGACGAAGAUUCUCUCUCCACGAGCAGCAUCGAUCAAAGCGUUUCACUGGAGGACUAUUUGCAGGGCCGGUGGAGCCGCUCAUCGAGCUUUGACUGAAUAACCCACCCCAAACCACAAAUGAAGCAAGAUGGUAGCGGUACUAAACAUCGGGCCUUCUUGUUUGCGAUUCUUUUGUAUAUUUGCUUUUGCUGGCUUCUCCUUUUUUUCUGUCUGUUGUCUUCAUCACACCACAUCAGCCUUUUUGCCUGGGUUGAGCAACUGGGGGACUUGGAUGAGAGGUUGUCUGCAAAUGUUCCCUCCUCCUCCCCCACACGGUGGUCAAUACAAACAUGUAUGUUAGUUAGUUUCCUGCAAUAUUUGUUUCAGCUCAGCAGCUCUCAUCCUCAAUCCAAACUGAUGAGACCUGAGUUUGCUAAAGGUUGUAACAUUGCUGUUGCUACUUGCUAUUUUAAGAAGGCUAAUAUAAAGUUUGAUACUUGAUUC